UGAGACACUGAGAGCACUUUUUCCUCGAUGUCGAUUUUAGUUUCUCUCAAGCGCUACAUGAGUACAUACUGUGGAGGCGCAUAUUCUGCCAGGCCUUAGUGAAGCACAGUGCAGUUGUACAGCUAGCUGUUCGACCUGGACAUCUCUGGACAGCCGGUCGGCGGGCAGGGGUAUAAAGUCGGGCUGCAGCUCAAUCCGCACGUCAGAAAACACUUCAUUCACAGCUAGCUGGCUUUCGUGUUCCAGUUGAAAUCGAGAGCCAUUUGGCCUUUUCCAGUUUCCUUUCCCUUUACAGCUAGUCCGUUCCAUCUACGUAGCAAGCAAUGGCUGCAUGUGAAUUGCACGACUUCAAGCCAUGCCCGCCGGACAGGAAACCGGAUCGCACUAUCGUGAUCAUCGGCAAGACAGGUAACGGCAAAUCCACGCUGGCCAAUAGUAUCGCUGGAAGGUACGAUGGCGACCUAUUCCCGGAGUCGGACUCUCCGAUGAGUGAAACGCUCGGCCGCCCGACGCACAAAGUUCUAGUUUCCUACGGCGGAGAAGAGCUGGCGGUGAAAAUCGUCGAUACCAUCGGGUACGGUGACAAUCGCCUGUCGGAGGAGAAGGUUCUUGUGGCGCUGGCGGAGCUGGCACACGAAUGCGACGACGGAAUUCACCAGCUGCUGUUCGUCACCCGCGGUCGCUUCACCAAGGAGGAGCAGGACACGAUCGACAAGAUGAUCAACGUCAUUUUCCAGCCGGACGUGGCACAGUUCUCCACGCUGGUGCGCACAGCAACACCAGCCAAGGAUCUGGCCCCGGCCGUGAUCGACCAGAAGACGGCCGACUACUGGCGGCAACUGAUCGAGAUCGAUCCACGGCUGCGGAGGAUACCGACCUUCCUCAUGGUGAGCAACCCGGAUGGCGGCGACGAAAGCAGCAUCGAAAUGCGCAGAAAGACGCGCGAACGCCUCAUGGAACACAUUGUUCUCCACUACAGAAAGAAGUAUAUUCCGCCGCUUUUCCCCGACAUCCAGGCCAGAAUAGGCAAGGAAAUGGAGGCCAAGAACGCACUGCAGGAUGAAGUCGAUGAGCUGAAACGCCAGCUGGAGACCUCGGCGAUCAGCCAGAAAGAGUUCAUGGAGAAGCAAGGCGAGAUCUUCAAGGAGAUGAUGCGCGUCAACCAGGAGCUUGUUAAGAAGAUGGAGUCGAUGAAACGUGGCGGAGGCAUGUGUACCAUACUGUAGGCAGUGUGUGCCUUUAAAAGUGCUCACUGAUAUUGAUUGCCAAACAUUGGACCACAUGUGUCAUACCUGAUGAGAGAAGAUCUUGGGUUUUGGAACUUUUUUGGGGUCUUAGAACAAUGCUGCUCCAUCCUUCUUCUUUUUUUCAAUUAGUUCGCAGUUAAGAAAUACCCCGCAGUUGAUCUGUUUUCCCUGGCUCACUUCCAUGCAUCCACUGUACAUAGGUCAUGCCUUGACCACCCAUUGCUAGUCUUUUUCUCAGAAUAGCCAAACCCGGCUGCAGUGAGCGGCAUAGCCCGUACGAGUGAUAUCCUGAUGGCUGUGCGUGUGCAUAUUUACGCUACUAGAUCUGUUUUUCAUCCACCGCCGCACCAUGACUGCCCUCUCCAGCCGACCUCUAUGCGUGUCCACAGCACACCGUCACGGCAUCAGCCAAGCGACACAUCCGUUGGUGCUGAAUUCAGGUCCGUAUCAACAGAUUUGUGGCUUUGCUGGUGGUGUGCUGUGGCAACGUAUGGAGGUCGGCUGGAGAGCGCAGUGUUGGUGCGGUGGACGAUGGCAAAUCUGUACAGGGCCGAAUGCUGCUGCUUACACCUUUGUUUACUACAUUUGUUAAUCCCCAAAUUUUACCUGAUUUUACCUGCGUUGCUCUGUGUCGGUGUUUUAUAACAACGUCAUCUGUGUUGAGCACUCUAAACGACGUCCACUGA